UCCAAUCAGAGCGUCGCGGAAUUCUGAAGUUGGCAACCCCGGCGGCGUCGCGGUCAAUGUGACGGUGCGCGAGCGGAGGAGACAGACAACAGAGACACACACAGACACAAACACAGACACAAACACGAGCCAUGCAGCAGUCGGACGACAUGGAGGGUUCCAUGGAAUCCCCCAACCUGGAGUUUGAGUAUGGGGACACAGACAGUCUGACUGCAGAACUCUCAGAGCUGUACAGUUACACAGAGGAGCCUGAGUUCAGUCUGAACCGGGACUGCUUUGAGGAGGACUUUAGGAGUCACGUGAAGGGCAGGAGAUGGGUGGAGCUGAGUGUGGAUGAACAGAGGGCAUAUAUCAUGCGACUGCUGGAUGCUCUAGAGGUCACGGACAGAGACAAGAGACUCAAAGUGUCUCGGGCUAUACUCUACCUGGCCCAGGGCGUGUUUGAUGAGUGUCACACAGAAGCAGAUGUUCUGCAGUGGUCACGACACAAUGUCUUUCUACUCUAUGAAAUGGGCAUCUUCACUGCACUGCUGGAGCUGCUCAGCAUGGAGAUUGAUAAUAACCAGGCAUGUAGCAGUGCUGUCAGGAAACCUGCCAUAUCCCUGGCAGACAGCACUGAACUCAGGGUUCUGCUGAGCAUCAUGUAUCUGAUGGUGGAGACGAUCCGGGUGGAAACAGGAGACGACAAGCCGGAGUGGCGGAAGGCUCAAGAAUCCUUCAGAACCGAGCUGGGUUCACCACUCUACAAUGGGGAGCCCUUUGCCCUUCUCCUCUUCACCAUGGUAACCAAGUUCUGCAGCAUGAGUGCCCCCCACUUCCCAAUGAAGAAAGUGCUACUGCUGCUGUGGAAGACUGUACUGUUCACUCUGGGCGGUUUUGAGGAGCUGCAGGAGAUGAAGGUUAAAGGGAGGGAGAAGCUGGGUCUGCCGCCACUCCCUGAGGACAGUAUUAAAGUGGUCAGGAGCAUGAGAGCAGCCUCACCACCAGCCACUGCCAUGGAGCUCAUUGAACAGCAGCAGCAGCAGAAAAGAGGACGCAGGAGUCGCAGGAGUGCCUUUGUUGAUAGCUUGGAAGGAGACAGUCCCUUUGCCAAGAAGCAGCCUCUGGUCAAGCAGGACAGCCUGGACACCUACAACGAGCGGGACCCCUUUAAAAAUGAUGACGCUCGGGAUGAAGAUGAUGACGCUGAGGAUGUGGACAGUGGAAUAGAGGGUGAGGUUGACCCCCUCGACCGUGAUGUCAUCAUCCAGCCCCCUCCUCCUCCACCCCCUCUGCGGCCUCCUACUGAGAGAGUGACGUUCCCCAAAGGGCUACCGUGGGCACCUAAAGUCCGAGAGAAAGACAUUGAGCAUUUUCUAGAGACCAGCAGGAACAAGUUUAUUGGCUUCACCCUGGGAAGUGAUACAGAGACUCUGGUUGGGUUGCCCAGACCCAUUCAUGAGAGUGUGAAGACUCUUAAACAGCACAAGUACGUCUCCAUUGCCGAAGUGCAGAUCAAGCGAGAGGAGGAACUGCAGCAGUGCCCCAUGACCAUGGGGGAGGAGGAAGUGGAUGAGACACCUGCAGAAAGCCUAUAUGUGGGAAUGCUUCCGAGCCUUUCUCAGUAUGUGAUUGCCCUGUUGAAGCUUCUUCUGGCUGCAGCUCCAACCUCUAAAGCUAAGACGGACUCCAUCAACAUCCUGGCUGAUGUUCUUCCUGAAGAGAUGCCCAUCACUGUCCUCCAGAGUAUGAAGCUUGGCAUUGAUGUGAACAGACACAAGGAGAUUAUUGUCAAGGCCAUUUCUGCACUGCUUCUCCUCCUGCUGAAACACUUCAAACUUAACCAUAUAUACCAGUUUGAGUAUGUGUCCCAACAUCUGGUAUUUGCCAACUGCAUCCCUCUCAUCCUCAAGUUCUUCAACCAAAACAUCAUGUCUUACAUCAGUGCUAAAAACAGUAUCUGUGUGCUGGAUUUCCCUCACUGUGUGGUCCAUGAGAUGCCUGAACUCACUGCUGAAAGCCUGGAAGCUGGAGACAAUAAUCAGUUCUGCUGGCGGAAUCUGUUCUCGUGUAUCAACCUUCUGCGGAUCCUAAACAAACUCACCAAGUGGAAGCACUCCAGAACCAUGAUGCUGGUGGUGUUUAAGUCUGCUCCAAUCCUGAAGAGGGCACUGAAGGUCAAGCAAGCCAUGAUGCAGCUUUAUGUCCUCAAGCUCCUCAAGAUUCAGACCAAGUACCUGGGACGCCAGUGGAGGAAGAGUAACAUGAAGACCAUGUCAGCAAUCUAUCAGAAGGUCCGGCAUCGACUUAAUGAUGACUGGGCUUAUGGGAAUGAUAUUGACGCACGGCCAUGGGACUUUCAGGCGGAGGAAUGCGCUUUGCGGGAGAGCAUUGAGAAGUUCAAUGCACGGCGAUAUGAUAAGAACCAGAAUAGUGAGUUUGUCCCAGUGGAUAACUGCCUGCAGAGUGUGCUUGGCCAGCGAGUCGAGCUGCCCGAGGACUUCCACUAUAGCUAUGAGAUGUGGCUGGAAAGAGAGGUCUUCUCUCAACCCAUCCAAUGGGAAGGCCUGCUGCAAUCCCAGUAAUGCAGCAAGACGUUAACUUGUAUUAGACUGAACCGGUAUCAGAAUCCCACAUGUACAGACAAACACACAUGCAGACAGAGCACACGAUGCCAGUGCCAUUCUUCCUGGAAACAAAUGCAUGUAAAUAGAGAUCUCUUCAAAUACAAUGUGUGGGUUUUGACAUGGUAACUCAUUUUAUUUGUAAAACACAAUCCUCUCAAGUGUACUCCUGACAACAGCAUGAAAGACAACAUAUCCAUUUCAACCUUUACAUUGUAUACAAAUGACCAUUUUUAAAAUACAUGAAUACAAAAGAAGUAAGUAUUAUAAGUAUGUCCUCAAAAAGAGUGAAGGUAUAUAUUUAUUUAUUUAUCUAUUCUUUUCAAAUUUUCUCAGUCUGGAACUGCUGAUAAGACUUUUAUUUUUGAUGCAUACUCAUAUGUAUAUAGAACAAAAAAGAAUGCAUGUUGUCAAGCUAAAGAGACUUGGUUUAAAAAAAAAAAAAAAAAAAAAAAAGAAGAAGGAAAAAACAAAGACCAAUAUGGCAACCACAAACAUUACUCAUGUGUCAGUAGGACCGGAAGAACUGGUCUGUAAAGAUUCCUUCCAGAGACUGCUGCUGUCCCUCACGUCCUGCAUAGUGUCUCUCACUCAGUGUACUGGAGAAACAUCCUUGAGAAAGUCACGCUUCUUUUUGUAUGUUGGACGUCAGAGCCGCCUACCAUACUGUCUACUUAAAAUGAGCUCUAACAGCACAACACAAAAGCACAGAAGUGUCCUUGGUGAAUAGCAUCACCCUCUAUACAAAUAGCAAGGUUCCAACAUAACGGUGCUGGUUUUUAACACGAUUUUAUGACAUCUCCCCUGUCUCUGUUUUCCCCCACUCCCUCUCUUUCACCUCUCUCUUCUUGCACUCACUUGUCAUGAUUAAAUGGAGUCUUUGUUUUACUACUGAAUGUUGUUUAACCAAGAGGGGAUUUUAUAUGCUUCAUUUCCAAAAUUGUUUUCUAUGCUGAUUAUUUUUUAUUAUUUGUUAAAAAUGAUCAAAAUGCAUACAUUUUGUGUCCUGACAUCACAUACCUAUAAAUAAUAAUUGUAGACCAAUGCAAGUUUAAAUACUUUGUUAAAACAAACAAAAAAACA